AUGUCAUCUACGUCCAACAACGAACCGGUUCCAUGCGACGACGUCAUGGUCACUCCUCAGAGUGAUCUGACCGUGGAGGUCAUCGAGUACGACGAGGACUAUGGCCAUAAGGUACCAUCAAGAACCGGCUUGCUGCAUAUCAGCAAGGAUACAUUAGCGAGUUCAAGCAGUUACUUCCAAGCCAUGUUAGGAAGGAGCUGGUCAGAGUCGAAAAGCGACAAGAUCGUCUUGCACAAUGAGACCGUGAGAAGCAUGGCGAUAUGGUUUCGGCUCUUUCACUACACCUUGAAUAUCGUCAAACUGGACGAUAUCACAGUCGCGGAUAUAUGGCAUGUUAUACUGGCCAGUGAUAAGUACGAGUUUGACCGACAACAGCUGCUGUUGUGGUUUGUCACAUGGUACCGCAAUGCAACGGCCGUAGGUUUAUAUCGCAAUAACCUUGCUAGAAAGUUGAUGCUCCCUUGCUAUGCAUUUGACUACGCAGAAGGGUUCCAGACCCUGACAAAAAGCCUCGUGUAUGAGGAGAUCGGCCAUAUCACGGAGAUUAGUCCGAUCGACAGCGUGAAGUUACAUCUCCCACCACGAAUUAUCCAUAAGAUUUCGUCCCUGGACGCAGGACGCCUCCGCAACAUCUUGGACCGGGAGUUAUUUGUCAAGAUCAAUUUGUUGAUUGAUCAUGGCUCAUGUCGCUGUAAGGAGGAAACAGUUUUCAAUUACCUCAGGGAAUUGGGCAGAAUCGAUGUUCAGCCACUGGUAGAGCGGUCAUUUUCCCGGGCCAGUGUUCAAUGCUACCUCGAUCGACUGAGACAGUUCGACCAAGAACGCAUGUUGAGAAGAAUUUCCGGAGAUCGCUGUCUGCGUUGCUGUUUCGAUUGGAAAGAGGGUGUGGAAAGGGCAAUCCAAGUGACAACUGAGUAUUUUGAUGGACUCUGUCUUGAUUGUAUGAAAAUCACAGUUAGGGACGAUGAGGAUUACUGGGAUCACGCUCGCUUUAGAGAGCGAUAUGACCGGAAUUGCCGCAUCACUCAUGGGGAGCCGACGUGUUAUUUCAGCUUCAUGCGCGCGUGA